GAUCCAGUAUAUCAAUCUCGAUUUCUUGCUAAGAGAAGUCCCAAUAUUCAAGUUUUUCACUAAAUAUGAUGGUCUGAUUUGUUAACGCCCAGGCGAAUCAUCCACAAUUACGUCGUCUGCUCCAAUCAAACUGGAUGAGGAUGAAGCUCAACGAGGGAAUGGAAGGAAGCUAUCCACGGCUGGCUGCCCUUGAAACCAGUCUGAGACCUGACACAGAUAUUCUGAUACUCUGACACGUAGGAGGGUUGAACGGACUAAUAGCAAAUAAUAUAUGACAGUAUACAGAUUCCCCCAAAAGCGUUUAUGUAUACGAACAUACGAGUCCCACGACAAGUAUAUUAUUCACUUUACUCAUCAUAAAUCCAAUCCGAGCCAGCCCAAAGGUCUAAGCCUCGAUCAAAUUAAACGAUCGUGAAUCAGUGACGAGGACAAAUCCGAAGAACCGGCGCAAACGGAUCGAAUGAAAUUAUGGUCACCUUGUCUAAUUCUCCCACUGCGAAUCGAAUUCCCAUUAAUUCCACCACAGAGAGAGACUUGAAUGAAAAGACAUUCGAAGAUUCGGCUCACGCAAUAAUCAUGGAUCCUCCCAAUGCUACACCUCCAAAGACCUCAAUAGAUACCUCAUUCGAUGGCGUCGAUCCUUCCAUGGACUUUGUUGGGGACGUCAACACCAAUAAUGAUAUACCCUCCCAAGAGGUGCUGAAGAAGGUUGAAAGUAUGAUCGUCUUAGAUAGGGAUGGCAAAACCAGACCUUUCAAAAGUUUAUACUCAGGCCCGAAUGUAGCAAGAAGGGUCUUGGUUAUAUUCAUCCGCCAUUUCUUUUGCGGGAACUGCCAAGAAUACCUUCGAACCCUCGCAACAUCCAUCACCGAAGACUCCCUCCUCCAACUCCAUACUCCCACCUUCAUCGCCGUCGUUGGUUGCGGCAGCCCAUCUCUAAUCCCCAUGUACCAAGAAGCCACAAAUUGUCCAUUUCCAAUAUAUGCGGAUCCGACAAAGAAGCUAUACGACGAGCUGGGAAUGAUGCGCACAUUGAAUCUCGGCGCCAGACCAGAAUAUCAGCGCAGAGGUACUCUUAUGGGGAUCGGACAGAGCGUACUCCAGAGUCUCAAACAAAUCAAAGGCGGCAAAUUGUUCCAAGGAGGCGACUACCAACAAGUCGGCGGAGAAUUCCUCUUUGAGCCAGUGCGAAUGUCCACUCCGAUCACUUCACCCGCGGAUGGGCCCGUCGGCAUGCACGCGAGCGGUGGAAUUUUGGGAAACGGUGAUAAGAUAGGAGAAAGCGAGGGCUAUGAAGAGAAGAGAAUCACCUGGUGCCACAGGAUGAAAAACACCAGAGAUCAUGCCGAAAUUCCAGAGAUCAGAGAAGUCCUCGGAUUCGACGAAAUGGUCGAGGGGGGAAAGAACCAAAAGAGGUGGUCCAAAGCAUUGAGCGAGAGAAAAGGGACUGGGAUAAGCAGCGGGGCCAGGAGUAGUAGAGCAACGAGUCUGAAGCUAGAAGGAAUGAGUGAGGAUGGCGGUAGCGUGCGGAGCAAGGAAGCAAUCAGUGAAAAGCCGUCCUAG